GCUGUCUGCUCCCCAUUCAUAAAACUUACGAGCUGUCCUACCAACUUGUUGACUUGCUUUAUGCUCGGUUUAAAAAAAAAAAGAACAAAUUGGGAAGUUUGACUGUCCCGGAGGAGCGUCUUUUCGCCGGUCGGUGGUCUAUUCGGGGGGAUUUGACAGCACAGCACAGCGCCGUACCGGACUUGGUUUUGUUUUAAGGAACUUUAUUUGGGAAAUACAAAUACUGUACACUGGAUCAGAACCCGGAGAGGAUUUGAUGCUCAGAAGGACCGAGCAGCUUUGUUUUGAAUGAACUCCAAAUGCGAUGUUGACAUCCGGCAACAACAGGAAGCCUGCAUAUGACAUGAAUGACAAACAGGACAGGCCUUAUGUGUGCGAGGCCCCUGGCUGCUCUCAGCGCUUCCAGUUUGAGGAGCAUCUAAUCAUCCACAGACACAAACAUGAGAUGACCCUCAGGUUCUCCUCCACCAAGACGGAUACGACUUUUACCGACCAGACCCCGACCCCAACUCGGUUUUUGCAGAACUGUGAAGAAGUAGGUCUAUUCAAGGAGAUAGAGGAGGAGUUUCUGCAGGCGCAAGAAGAGGAGGAGAGCAAACAGACAGUUUCCCAUAAUGGGUCGUGUUGUAUGAAUCAGCACCAGCUCAAAGCCCAGCUCCAGCACCCGCAUCACCAGCCACCUCUGCACCAUCCCCACGCCCAUUCCCUGCAGCACCCUCAGUCCCACGGUCCCAUGAUUGGCCCGAGUUGCAGCCUGGCUACCCAGCAAGCCGUAUCCUCCUCCCUGUCUGGAUCAGCCAACAGCCAGGCCCCAUCCAUGCUCACACACUCAGGGCCUGUCCCCGGACCCCCCUCUUCCCUCCUCCACAUACGCAACAGACACUGUCAACCGCUGCCAGCCUCGCUGCCUGGCACCCUGCCCGACCCCGCCAUGCAAGGGGCAUCUGCUCAGCACAUGUCCAUGGAGAAGCAGAUGUCUUGUAUAAUGGGUAUACCAGGACCCAUAAACAACCCGCCCUGUUCUUCGCCUCAGAGGUCCAAGCAGAUGAUGGGCCAUCACUAUCAACGCCAGCACCCAGUAAUGACCCCUUUAAACAAUCCGACGGGUUCAUUGAUGGAGAUCAUGUCACAGCGCCACCAGGCUCCUCUACUGCAACACUCCCUUCACCACCAUCAUCAUUCUCAUCAUCCUCAGCUUACUGCUCCACCACUCAGCUACCAACACCGAUGCCAUCCCACUCAUCCACAGCACCUCGGGAGCCCCAACAGCCACCCUCACCCGUCAAGGAACACGCCAGCGCACCAAUCCCCCCCCGCCCACCUCCCCCAAGGGUCACCUCCUGCACCCCCAUUGUCUGUACCUGCACAGGUAUCACCGGUUCCACAGCAAAUGCACCCGUGCCACUCGCCACACUCCGAGCAUGCACUGCAGGCAGGCGGAAGCUGCGGCCGUCGAAGGAGGACGGCCGAGCAGGACCCCGACGAACGCCGGCAAAAGUUCCUGGAACGCAACCGAGCAGCUGCCACCCGCUGCAGACAGAAGAGGAAAUUGUGGGUGUCGUCGCUGGAGAAGAAAGCUGAGGAGCUGACACACACCAACCUUCAGCUUCAGAAUGAGGUGACGUCAUUGAGGUCGGAGGUUGGUCAGCUGAAGCAGAUUCUGCUCACCCACAAGGACUGUCCCGUCACAGCCCGACAGAGAGAAGCACAGGGGUACCAUACUGCAGGGGUGAGCCCGGGAGGAAGUCCCGCCCCUGUAGAGUCUGGGUGUCAUCGGCAGGCCAUCCAACACAACAGCAUCACCACUUCCUCGGUGAGAGGCAACGCACACCACGACCCAAUGCCUGGACGCUAGAGAUCGGACGGGACAUUUUUUAUUUUUAUUUCAAUUUUUUAGUGUCUUUAGCUCUGUCCAUUACAAAUGGUGCAUAAAAUAUCACCGAUAAAAGCUUUUAAAAUGGUUGCAGCAUCGAGUUUGUUGGCCGCUAACUAGGGAGGCUCAUUUCAUUUGGCUUUGCUCCUGUAUCUUGCACUAAUUUUGAAAUAUAAAUACUAUAAGCUCCUAUUUUUAACUGAGCAUAUGCAAAUGUGCACCUUUUGCCUUCUCCUCAAAGCAGGGGCAGCUUUAAAAAAGAAGAUGACUAUAUAUUUUUAUACAAUUAAUAAUAAGAACACCUUUUUUAGAUAUGUCAUUGCAUCAUAAUUUCAAUUCAAUAAGUUCUUUUUUGAAAAGCCAUUUAAUGAUGCAAUAUUUCCUUCCAGGCACUUUUUAAAUAACUUUCUCGAAAGCGGCAACUCUUCAUUGAAUUCCUGUUAGCAUAAUUUAA